AUGUCUGAAUAAAUAUUCAACAAAUAGAUUACAAUACCUUAAAUUUAAAUAAAGGAUUAUAAUUAAUAAAAUAAUGAUAGCUAAUAUCAGUAAGAAUUACAGAACAAAGAUGAAAAAAGUUUAGGUAGCAAGCUUAAGGAUAAGUUAGAAACUUAAAAAAUGAAUUAAUUAUAAAGAUAAUAAGAGGAGAGUGAUUUAACAUAGAAAUAAAUGUAGUACUCUCUUUCUUAAUUUAUCUCACAGUAGUUAACUAAUUUGAACGCUGAAAAAGAUAAUUAAAAAAGUAACUAAUUAUCUGAUAGAAAAUAAAUAUCUGGAAGCUAAAGCAGAGAUUGCAUAGAAAACAGCAAUUAAAAUAAAGAAAAGGUUUAAUCUUAAUCUUAUUUGAAUUAAUCUUAGAGUAGUGAGAGCAAUUCAUCUUCUUGCCCUAUUUAGAAAUUAAAAAAUCAAAUUUUUAAUAUGAAUCUCUCUAGCUCAUCAGAGUAAUUAUAAGAUGAAAUAAGUCCCAAAAAUGAUUCAUCUGUUAAUAAGGCCAGCUCAUCACUGUAGCCUAUUUCAGAUUAAAUAAAUCGUUAAGAAAAUAAUUUGUGCUUUUUAAAGUCUAAUUAGCAUAGCAAUACUAAUAAUGCAAACAAAUUUCACUUUAAUAAAGAAAAUUAUUUAGACAUAUUAGUUUCAGAAUAGUAGAAAGGUAACAAUAACGAUGAUUAAUUGAAUGUAUAGCAAACUAUAGAGAAAUACAAUAGCUUUGCACAAUCAAGCUUUUAAUAGGGUUUUAAAAGAGAGCGUUCUGUUGAAGAAAAAACUUUUUUGUAAAAUAUUAAUCAUGCUUCCUCAAGUAGCUAAGAUCUACUCAGUGUUAUAUUUUGCUAAAAUUCAUAACAGCUACCAUUUUCUUUAAAUAUUCCGUAAUCUAUAACUAAAUAUUUGCCAAAGUAGAGUACGAUUUCUACUGAAAAGUUGGAUACCUUUGGUGGAUUAGAAAAGACCAUUAAUGAAAAAUUUAUUAACUCUCGAAAAAACUCCACAUCAUAAAAUAGCUCUGAUAAUUUAACAGCCCAUUUUAACAAUGAAUACUCAAAUUAACAUACUUCAGCAUGCUCAUCUACGUCUUCUAACACUCAAAAGGGUUCUAAUAACAACAAAGGUUUAAUUUAGUGCAGUAGUAAUUUUAUUAAAAAACCAUCUCCUACAUAAAUUCACCCAAAUAAUACUCAGCCCCUUUCUAUCUCUAACUAAUAAAAUGUUGUAAAAAGUCCUAAAGCUAUUUGGAAGAAUGCUGAAUAAAAAUAAAAUAGUUAGUAGCUUCCACCUGCAAGAGCUACUUAUGAUUAAUUUAAUUUAUCAGGUUAGAAAGCCAGUAGCAAUUAAUAAAAUGAUUCUAUUUUGAGUAACUUAAGCAACUAGGCAUUAAGUCAAAUAUCAAACUUAAUUAAUUAAUCGUAGUUAAUUAAUAAUGGAUCUGGAUCCUAGCAAAUCGGAAUUAAUUUAAAUUAAUAGAGUUUGUUCUCUAAUCAAUCUAGUAACAGUAGUAAUAAUGGAAAUAAAAAGAAUAGAAUUUGCAAUUGCAAAAAAACUAAGUGCUUAAAACUAUACUGUGACUGCUUUGCAGUAGGCGAAUUAUGUGGAUAAGAUUGCAAAUGUGUAGAGUGCUGUAAUAAUGAAGCGACUCUAAAUUUAAGAAAUUAAGCAAUUGAGGGUAUUUUACAAAGAAAUCCUUUUGCAUUUAAUGUAAAACCUGAAGAAGCCAAAAAAUCCAAAAAAGAAUUGAAUAACAGUAUCCUUUAAAAUUCUAAUUCUAAAGUUAUAGGCUGUAAUUGUCGUAAGUCUAACUGCUUAAAGAAGUAUUGUUUAUGCUACCAUUCUGGAAUGAAAUGCUCAGAAGCUUGCAAAUGUACUGAAUGCAAAAAUUUAGAAAAUGGGUUAAACUCUUCAUCACACUCACUUUGUUCUUCUUCUAUGCAAUAUUAGUCAAACAAUAACAAUAAUUAAGUAUUAAUGACUAAUUCAUAAAAGCAAAAUUUAUAUCAUUAGAAUCUGUAACAAUCAGUAAAAAAUCAAGGGCAAGAUAAUAACAAUGAAAAUUUCAUUCCUAUUCAAUAAAUAAUAGAAAAUUUAGCUCUUGCUGCUUAGUAAACCCAAUUAUAGUCUAAUAAUUUUAAUAGACUUCUACAGUCAAUUCCCAAAUAAUAAGACGAUAACGAUGAUGAUGAGGAUGAUAUCUUAGAGGGUCAUGAAAAUGAAGAAAACGAACCUAUUUAGGUUCAAUAAAAUGUUUAAAAAGACACAAAAUAAGCUCUAAAUUCAUAUAAUAAUUUAUUUUUAAAUGCUAUAUCUUAGUUUAGUUUAAAUUUGUAAGAUAAUAAUCAUAAUGAAGGUUUAGGUAGCUCACCUACAUUUUCAAAUCUUUAAUAAUAAUCAAUGAGAAAGAAAUUAUUUUUAAACGAUUCAGGUUAAACAACACCAGUUAGUCCUGGAGGAUUCCCGAUUCAAAACUAGCAAUCUCAUUUGAAUAUGUAGAAUAUUAAUAAUUUGUUCUCAUUAAUUAAAAAUAUAUCUUCCACUGACUAAUAUUAGUGA